AAAUAAUUAAAUAUUUUAAUGAAUUCAUCUAGAUAUGGUGUUGGAAAUAGAUCAAAUGCUUCUUAAAGCCAAAACUAAUAGAAGCCUGCUAAGGGAUUAUGGGGAAAGUUAAUUAGAUUUUUCUAAACAGGAUGGUUGAAUCCAAGAUAUUUAUAUAAAUAGUCAAGAAGAUUUUUAUGGGUUGGAACAACAGGUAUAAAAUUGUGAUAAAGAAAAUAAGGAUUAAUAUUUUUGAUUGCUCCAUUUGCAUUUUCACACUUUUUAGAAGUUAGCGAGGAAUUAUCAUAAAUUUCAAGAAUGGGUGCUUAAGAAAGUAAGAAAAUUAACAAAUAAAUUAGUGAGCAAAAUUUGAUGAAUGAUUAUUAUUAUAUAUGUUCAGGGAAUAUUGUAAAU